GAAGAUUCCUAUCCAUUCGCUCUACACUUGGCAGCUCUUCCUGGCAGCAGGCGGCCAUCUUGCCUGGAGCCUGAGAGAGGGAGAAGCGAGACCGAAGAAAGGGGGACACUGGUCUCAGGGCCGCCCCGGGGGCCUCAAGGACCAGAGGCAGCCCCGGAGGUGGUUCCUGGUCCUGGGCCCUGUUCUUGGACCCGAAAAGGGAAGGCGGGUGGGGCGGUGGGAGCAAGAUGGGAGGGGAAGGCCAAGAAGGAUUGCUAGGCUGGGGGAGGGGCGUUGCUAUGGCGACCGGGGGUGGGGCGGAGUGAGGUCUGAAUCGCUGUUGUGAGUCUUUCCGGAGCUGCCAGGGCAGGGCUGGGGUGUUGACCAUGCUAACAGCCGGGUGUGAUUUCACGAUAUCUCGGCGUGGAGGGACUCAAUGUCAAUGGCAACGAUCGCCUGGCAGAAGGGGCGGAACUAGACCCCUUCACUUGAGACGCUGACAUUCCAGGCCCUUGUCCUGCAGGCGCCCACGGGCGGACACAGCGGAAGAGGAGGCCGGGUAAUGGCCGCGGUGUGGCAGCAGGUCUUAGCAGUAGACGCGAGGUACAACGCGUACCGCACACCAACGUUUCCACAGUUUCGGACACAGUAUAUCCGACGGCGCAGCCAGCUACUGCGGGAGAAUGCCAAGGCUGGGCACCCCCCAGCACUGCGUCGGCAGUACCUGAGGCUGCGUGGGCAGCUAUUGGGCCAGCGUUACGGGCCCCUCUCCGAGCCAGGCAGUGCUCGUGCCUAUAGCAACAGCAUCGUCCGCAGCAGCCGCACUACCCUUGACCGCAUGGAGGACUUUGAGGAUGAUCCUCGGGCCCUGGGGGCCCGUGGACACCGCCGUUCCGUCAGCCGAGGCUCCUAUCAGCUGCAGGCACAGAUGAAUCGUGCCGUCUAUGAGGACAGACCCCCCGGCAGUGUGGUGCCCACGUCAGCAGCAGAAGCAAGUCGAGCCAUGGCUGGGGACACAUCACUGAGUGAGAACUACGCCUUUGCGGGCAUGUAUCAUGUUUUUGACCAGCACGUGGAUGAGGCAGUCCCAAGGGUGCGCUUCGCCAAUGAUGACCGGCACCGCCUGGCCUGCUGCUCACUCGACGGCAGCAUCUCACUGUGCCAGCUGGUACCCGCUCCGCCCACCGUGCUCCGCGUGCUACGGGGCCACACCCGUGGUGUCUCCGAUUUCGCCUGGUCCCUCUCCAAUGACAUCCUUGUGUCCACCUCACUCGAUGCUACCAUGCGCAUCUGGGCCUCUGAGGACGGCCGCUGCAUCCGAGAGAUCCCUGACCCCGAUGGCGCUGAAUUGCUCUGCUGCACUUUCCAGCCAGUCAACAACAACCUCACUGUGGUGGGGAACGCCAAGCACAAUGUGCAUGUCAUGAACAUCUCCACGGGCAAGAAAGUGAAGGGUGGCUCCAGCAAGCUGACAGGCCGUGUCCUCGCUCUGUCCUUUGAUGCCCCUGGCCGGCUGCUCUGGGCAGGGGAUGACCGAGGCAGUGUUUUUUCCUUCCUCUUUGACAUGGCCACAGGGAAACUGACUAAAGCCAAGCGUUUGGUGGUGCAUGAGGGCAGCCCUGUGACUAGCAUCUCCGCCCGCUCCUGGGUCAGCCGCGAGGCCCGAGACCCCUCACUACUCAUAAAUGCUUGCCUCAACAAGUUGCUGCUCUACAGGGUGGUGGACAACGAGGGGACCCUGCAAUUGAAGAGAAGCUUCCCCAUUGAGCAGAGCUCACACCCUGUGCGCAGUAUCUUCUGCCCCCUCAUGUCUUUUCGCCAGGGGGCCUGUGUGGUGACGGGCAGCGAGGAUAUGUGUGUACACUUCUUUGACGUGGAGCGUGCAGCCAAGGCUGCUGUCAACAAGCUGCAGGGCCACAGCGCCCCUGUGCUGGACGUCAGCUUCAACUGCGAUGAGAGCCUGCUGGCUUCCAGUGAUGCCAGUGGCAUGGUCAUUGUCUGGAGGCGGGAACAGAAGUAGGAGCCUCCUGACCCUGCCAUGUCUACCUUCCCACCUGGACCAUGCUCCAGCCUUGUGUGUGUAAAUAAAGUUCCUGUGCUUGUGC